UAGAAACGUUUGUGUCUCUGUAGCUGAACAUGAACACUAAGCUUCACCCCUUCAAAAUAAGAGUAGAAACGUUUGUGUCUCUGUAGCUGAACAUGAACACUGAGCUUCACCCCUUCAAAAUAAGAGUAGAAACGUUUGUCUCUGUAGCUGAACAUGAACAUUGAGCUUCACCCCUUCAAAAUAAGAGUAGAAACGUUUGUGUCUCUGCAGCUGAACAUGAACGCUGAGCUUCACCCCUUCAAAAUAAGAGUAGAAACGUUUGUGUCUCUCAGGGAGACCGAGAGUUUCGGGAUAAGAUCACUCCCAUCUCCGUGGUGAUGGAGUACAGUCUGGACUACCAACGGGCCGCAGACCAAACCGGACUACUGCCCAUCCUCGAUGUGUCGGCUCCGUCCAACGUCACCAAGCAGGCCCACAUCCUGUUGGACUGUGGAGACGAUAACAUCUGUAAACCUGACCUGAAGUUGUCUGUGACGAGCGACCGCGAGCAGAUCUACUUCGGCGACGACAACGCUCUGACUCUGGAGAUCAGCGCUGAGAACCAGGGAGAGGGAGCCUACGAGGCCGAGCUGCACGUCUUCCCUCCACCGCAGGCCGACUUCACCGCAGUCAUCCGCAGUCAGACCCUCAACAGGUUGUCCUGUGCUUACAAGAAGGAGAACCAGACCAAGAUGGUGGUGUGUGACCUGGGAAACCCCAUGAAGGGAGGAACCAAGGUGCUGGCGGAGUUGCGGUUCAGCGUGCACCAGCUGUCGGAGGAGGACACCUCGGUGAAGUUUGACGUGCAGAUGGUCAGCUCAAAUCAGUUCGACAACACGAGUCCUCGAGUGUCCAGCAUCACUAAACUGGCUGUUCUAGCUCGAGUCUCUAUCAGAGGGUAACACACACACACACACGCACGCGCACACACACACACACACGCGCACACAUACAUACACACACACAG